AUCGCGCGUGGCGAGACAGUGUGAGGGGGGUCAAAACGUUAGGAGCUAUAUUGUAUCUAUGUUGUAAUAAGCAAGCUUGUAAGAGGGAAAGAUCACUGAAAACUUUUACUAAUUUUGACGGAAAUCCCAAAAGACACAUUCGCCACAUUCUAUAAAUCAUUUUCUCUGCACAAAUACCUCGAUGUUUCGUUUGAUAGCAAAGAAUUUAGGACGUUGCAUAACCCUCCCCGAUUUUAAGAUAGCCAUGGGCAAUGCUCUUACCACAGCGACUGUAUCAGCGGCCGACGUCAUAGCACCGUUGUCUCAACAAAUUACGAAGCCAGAGUCUCAUGGGAUAAAGGGAAAACAGAUUGAACCGCCAGCAGAAUGUCCCAUGCACAAGUCUGGUCAAUUUAACACUAUAAACUACACCAGCGAAUGUCCGAUAGACAAAAUGAAUGAAAGCGAGAUAAAUCCAUUAAAUAUGAUGCCACCAGCAAAUCAACAACCUGCUCCAGACCAACCAUUUCCCUUGCCCACCAACAGACAGGUUUCGACGAUACCUAAAGCAACCGGACAAGAGGGAGAAUUUUGGGUGUAUCCAUCUCAACAAAUGUUCUGGAAUGCUAUGUUAAGAAAGGGAUGGCGAUGGAAAAACGAAGAUAUCUCUCCAAAAGAUAUGGAUGAUAUAAUAAAGAUUCACAAUGCCAAUAACGAGCAGGCGUGGCAAGAAGUUCUUAAAUGGGAAGCCCUUCACGCACGAGAAUGUGGCAAUCCUAAGUUACGCAGCUUUGGUGGCAAAGCGUCCAAGUACUCUCCACGCGCGCGUAUUCGCUAUUGGAUGGGAUACGAACUGCCAUUCGAUCGACACGACUGGAUUAUAGAUCGCUGCGGUAAAGAUGUAAAAUAUAUCAUUGAUUACUAUGACGGUGGAAAAGUCGAUGAGAAGUACACGUUUGCAUUACUCGAUGUGAGACCUGCAAUGGAUUCGUGGGAGAAUAUCUGGGAUCGAAUGAAAGUGGCAUGGUGGCGUUGGAAAUAUCAAUCCAAUGAUAAACCAGUGUCUACUGCCACAGUGCAUUAGUCUGCAUUGAAAUUAGUGCCAAUAACAUGUUAGCCCAAAGAACUUUUACUGAAUUCAUAAUUAAUGCCUUAAUGACGAUGCAACAUAACGCUUAUUAUAUGGUGAGAAAACGAUCGUGUUAUUCUUAUAAUUUAUGUACAUAUAAGUUACAAAAGUAUCAUAAAUACAAUUUUAUGAUAUUUAGUUCGAAAAAUAUCAUUAAAUAUUGAAGCGAAUUAAAAAGUAUUCAUAAUAAAUAAAUUUUAUAUAUAUUUUACUAAUACACGUGUGUACACAUACCUGUUUUGUCCAUUUUACAUAAAUAUAAAAUUUCUCUGCAAUGUCGAGUAAUCACUAAAACAGAUUUUAUAAGUGUAAAAAUAAUUCAAUUACCAAUUUGUUCCGAAUCACAGAAUUGCAUCAUGUACUAUAAAUCAAUUUAUAAAUCAAUUUGAUGAGGAUCGCAUAAACACUUCCACAUACUGAACUUUGUGAUUAUAUAAAUUACUUUGUUAAUAUCAGGAAUUUACUGCCAAUAUUAACAUCGAGUAAUUUCUAUUUAAGUCUUAACUGCUAAAUAUUCUAAGAUUAGAUAAAAGAAUUGUAUAUAUAUUUAUUAUGUAGAUUAUGAUGUUAAUCUUUCAUGAGUGCAUAUCUUUAAUUUUAUAUUCAUUGCAUAUUGACUACAUUAUUUAUUUAAAGUUAAUAAUUACCUUUUCCAUUGUACAAAACAGAGAAUAUAUUAUGAGAGAAUUGCGCUUAUGAAAGGACUUAAAAAAGUGAUUCGUUUAAAAAAAUGUUAGAAUAAAUCAGUCAGAAAAUAUUAAACUCUUCGCUCUACAAAUUACACAUUUUAAAUUAGGAAAUAAAUUGACAAAUAUUCAUAGUUGUACAUUGUACAUUAUUUUAUUGUCAAUAUAUAGCUCCAUUUAUA